UAGAAUAUAGAAACCUCCCCUCCAUACCCAACCGUCAUGAAGGUUAGCUCAGAAAUCAAAAACAGGUAGAGAGGAAAAGGCCAAGCUGUAAAGACAAGUUUUUUACGUUAAAAUCUGAUAUAUCCCCCUUCAAAGCAAAAACCCAGAAGAGGAAUGGAAAUACAGGAGAUAGAGAAGAAGAUCGAGAAGAAGAAGUGAAUAUUACAUAGUUUGUGUUGGGGUGUUUAUUUUCACCAACCAGAAUAGGGUUUGUUGGGUGAGGAGGAAAGGGAAAAAAAAUGAGGUUUAAGAGGGAGAUGAUCGAAGAUGUUGCUCUGAUAGGGGGACUGGUAGGGGUGCAAUUUGUGUAUGCUGGGAAUUCUAUUUUGCUGAGCUAUUUUAUGUCUUUAGGCCUUGGCCCUCUCACCAUUGUUAUCUACUCAAGCUUCGCUACCUUCAUCAUCCUCUCUCCCAUUGCUUACUGUUUUGAAAGGAGCAAAUGGCCAAACAAAAUCAGCCUCAAGUUUAUGAUUCAGUUGGUCUUGAUCGCCUUUGGAGGAGUAACUUUGUUUCAGGUUCUAUUUUUAAAGGGGAUCGUGCUUACUUCACCAGCAAUGGCAACAGCCAUGCCUAAUCUUGCUCCGGGAUUCAUAUUUGUCAUCGCUUGUACUGUAAGAUUGGAGAAAAUAAAAAUUAGUUGUCUAUACAGCAAAGUAAAGAUUCUAGGCACAAUGUUGUGUGUGGUAGGCGCUCUGAUAAUGAGCGUGAUGCAAAGCACCACUUCCAGCCAAGCAACAGAGAUUAAAUUUCAAGCUCAUUCUCCUGAUGUGAUCUUCGACAAGCAGAAAAUUAUCGGUUGCUUGUAUCUCCUUGCUGCCGUGUUUGUUUUAUCCAGCAAUAUUGUCUUGCAGGCUACAACAUUGGGUGAUUUUCCUGCACCUAUGUCCUUGUGUGCCAUAACAUCUUUGAUAGGGGUGUUUAUAACUGCUGCUGUACAAUUCAUUCAAGUUCAUAAAAUUGAACUUGGUUGGCCCCUCGUCAGUGCUCGAGACUUGAUUGGCUUUUCUGUACUGGGAGGUACAGUGAGUGGGGCUUGUAUUAGCUUCAAUGGGUGGGCAAUGAAGAAGAGAGGGCCUGUUUUGGUGUCGAUGUUUAGCCCCAUUGGAACUGUCUGCUCAGUUGUUCUUUCAGUUAUCACCUUAGGAGAAUCCAUCAGUGUUGGAAGCCUUGCUGGUAUGUGCCUCAUGUUUACUGGCCUCUACUUUUUCCUAUGGGCGAAAGGAAAGGAAGGAUUUCCAGGGAUUGACAUGGAAAGUGAGUUUGAUGCAGAGAAGCCUCUUUUAAGUUGAUAAUUUGUUUCAGCAUCAUCAUCUGGUUUGUACAUAUAUUUUGGUAAACUCAUAGGAAUGCUGGACGAAAUGGUUCUAUGGGAGUAAGAAUCUGAUAUAGACUACUGGCCCCCUACACAAUGUGCUCUCAGAUCUAUCAAAACAAUAAGAUUAAUCAAGGCCUUUUCAUCUUUUGCAUUGUGCCCAGAAAUUUUGAACUGCGUUCUUUG